CAGGCAGAGGCCAUAGAGAGAGAGACUGUAGCUUCCGAGGGCUCUCUCUCUCUCUCUUUCAACAAUCAACAAGACACUGAUUUCCACUUUCCUCACAUCAUUCAUUGGUUUCAUCUUGUCCUCAUCACAUCAAUACAAAAACUGCUGUGAGGAAAAGGGAGAGGGAGAGGCUCGCCAUUGCCAUAGCCCAUAGUCCUUUUCCAAGGCUCUGUCGUUUCCGGUCACUGCCCACCAGUCUUUGUUGCUGGCUUGCUGCUGCUGAGCAUAUAAAUGGCCAGCUUGGACUCUCUUUCUUUCUCAAGCAAACCUCUCUCUCUCUCUCUGUGUGUGUGUGUGUGUGUGUGCGCUCUGCAGUUCUUGACUUGAUUCUUGAGAUCGAGCUUCUUGCUGGUAGUGGUGUGUGCCUUGCUCUUGCAGAGUUGCAGAGUGAGUUCCCAUGGGGGGCACCUUGGAGUACCUGUCGGGGCUGCUGGGAGGCAGCGGAGGCCAUGGCCACGGCAAGAUGAAGAGGAGGAAGCAGCUGCAGACGGUGGAGCUCAAGGUCAGGAUGGACUGCGAGGGAUGCGAGCUCAAAGUCAGGAGCGCCCUCUCCUCCAUGAAAGGGGUCGAGUCGGUGGAGAUAAACCGGAAGCAGCAGAAGGUGACGGUGGUCGGGUUCGUGGAGGCGAGCAAGGUGCUGAAGAAAGCGCAGUCGACGGGGAAGAAGGCGGAGAUCUGGCCCUACGUGCCUUACAGCCUCGUGAGCCAGCCCUACGUUGCCGGCACCUACGACAAGCGCGCCCCGCCGGGCUACGUCCGCAGCGCCGAGCCCGGCUACGUGGCCGCCGGCGGCCAGCAGCAGCACGUCGGCCGCCCGCACGACCACCUCACCGACAUGUUCAACGACGAGAACCCAAACUCCUGCUCGGUCAUGUGAGGACCAAGAGAGGUGGUGUUGAUGUUGCAGCCUCUAUCUUGAGACAUAAGUGAGGUGAAUGUUCAUGGUUUGCCUUGGUCUGUCGAGUGUCGACGAUGGUUUGUUCGAUGACGUGUUCCUAGUUCCUGCUCAGUGUUAGACGUUUGUGCCGAGGCUUUAGCUAGUACCGUGUGUCGUUUGCUUGUAGCUUUUCCCCUGCUUACAAUCCAUCUUAUGAUAUGAAUUAGCAGGAGCUAGAAUUUGCCGCUGAAA